UAUUAUGCAUGUAAAAUGUCUGCGUCAGCCAAUUUCAACAGGCUGUUAAUUAAGAAAGUCUCAUGUUUUUUAACAAAGUCUUACAUCGAAACAAGGCUGACGCUGAAUUUUAAUUGUUUCGUAUUUACUCACAAGACUGAACAGGGACAGAAAAGCGGCAAUUUUCAGAACAAUGUCUCCAGCUGUUAUGAUGUUGCGGGGAGCGCUUUGUAUCUUUGUCUUGGUGGCUACGGUCUACUGCUUGCCGACUGAAAUUGAGGCCAAAUCCAAAUGCGGAUCCUCUUUCAAGCUGACGCUAAACGAAGAUUAUCGCCUGAUCAGUAAAGCUGUCGUGGACACGAAUGACACUUGUACGAUCAAGUUCACUUCGGUUACCAAGGGAGACUGUAAGGGCACGUGCUACAUGUUCGACCAUUAUGCUGAGAUAACGGACGAAAAUGUGAUAUUGAACGUGGGCAAAAAGAGUUAUCAGAAAGGAAGCGAUUUCUCGAACGAGCCCACGUGCAUUGAUGACGUCACUGUCGACGUAGCGUUGAUACACGCGGCGGGAUUCACGUACAACGAGACAUACCCAAACUACAAGUUCAAGUUGAACGUCUACAACAAGUGCGGACCGAAGGGCAAAAUUGUAAGCCUGACUUUUGAAGAGGCAACUAGGGAAGUUGAUGGUUACCACCACGGCAAAGAAAGAGAGUCGCGCGAAAAGAACCAGUAUAUUGUGGGAAUUCUGACCGGAUUUGGGCUCGCUCUGUGCUUCUUGAUCCUGCUGGGACUCACCCACUGCUACAAAGGCAAGGGCACCAACAGCGGCUCCAGCCGCAGCGCGCUCCCCACACAUCCAGACAAAGUGGCAGCUAAACCUCUGAUGUCGGGCCAGGACGGAUACGCAGCCAGGAAAGCAUAAGUGAAAUGGGAGUUCAGACAGACGCAUAACUGAAAACCGGGACUGUCGACGAAAGCUUAUUUAUUCAAGAAACAAGGAAUGGUGCAAUCGAAAAGGUUGAAGACACUGAAAAAAAAGAAACAAUAACCACCCUGAUGCAGAGUCGGGAGAGCGUUAGGAUAUAAUCGUCUAUUUAAGUUAUUAAUUUGUAUAUCAUACAAUUGAUUAGCCAGAUGUUUGAGUAAUAUGUUAAAUCAUGUAGCUAAUGAAUCAUUCUUCAGUAAAAAAUAUCAAUUAAA